UUUUCCCUUUAGUUUUGCCCUUUAUGGCGUAUUAAUGGGCUUUGUCUAGGGUUUUCAUUGUCAAUAAAUUGUGGUAGCAGAGCAGCAGAGCAGAGUAGAAGAAGCUUGGUAUUCUCAGCACUGGGAGUUCAUCUCCAUCAGUGUGCGUGUUUGCAGUGUCAGGCAAAGAAACGUGGAUAAAUUGUAUCUGUUCAGAGCUGGGUUCAGGUUUAGUCAGGAUGACAUCCAACAGGCAUUGGCCAAAUCUCUUCAAAUCGAAGCCCUCAACUUCUCAACAUCAAUGGCAUCAAAUGACCACCUCUUCAAACAUCUCCGGCCCAAACUUGUCCUCUAAUGAAGCAGGAACAUCGUCACGGGAGGAAGAGAGAGAGAGGGAGAAGGAGAAGGAGAAAGAGAGGAACCCAGACCCAAAACUCAGAUGGAAUCCUAAGCCAGAACAGAUUCGAAUUCUGGAGAGCAUAUUCAAUUCUGGUAUGGUGAAUCCUCCGAGAGAAGAGAUACAGAAGAUCAGGAUGCAACUUGAAGUAUAUGGCCAAGUGGGAGAUGCCAGUGUUUCCUACUGGUUUCACAACAGAAAAUCCCGAACCAAGCAAAAACAACGCCAUCUUCAGGCUUCUGCUGAAAAAUCCUCUAAAUCCUCUGCCACUGGGCAAAGCUGUUUUGACCAAUAUGGUGUUACCCUUCCCAAUAACAAUACAAGCUCUUUCAUUGGAGAACUGCCUUCCUCUCUGCUGCCUUGUUCUGCCUCAUUUCCAAUGCAGUACUUGGGUUAUCAGCAGACUGAGGGAAUUAAUACCGCGCAAUACCUCAACAUGGAAGUAGCACAAAUGUGGAAUGAAGGUACAUCAUGUACUGGCAAUAUUCAUGGAAUGUCCAAUAUACCUCAGAAUCAACAGACCUAUUCUUCAUUUCUAUACAAUGAAGGACAAGCUUAUCCUCCAUAUGUGGAUCACCAUGCAGCAGCUGAGACCUUUAAACCCCACCAAAAUCUCUUAUCACCGCCUCUGAAUGACAGCACUAUUAUUCAUUCAGGCGCCGAAUCGAGAGUGAGCAGCUCGAAUGCUUCUUCAUUCACCGUUUUUAUCAAUGAUAUUCCAAUCAAUGUUCCAAUGGGUCCUAUCAACAACAAUACAAACUCUUUCAUUGGAGAACUGCCUUCCUCUCUGCUGCCUUGUUCUGCCUCAUUUCCAAUGCAGUACUUGGGUUAUCAGCAGACUGAGGGAAUUAAUACUGCGCAAUACCUCAACAUGGAAGUAGCACAAAUGUGGAAUGAAGGUACAUCAUGUACUGGCAAUAUUCAUGGAAUGUCCAACAUACCUCAGAAUCAACAGACCUAUUCUUCAUUUCUACACAAUGAAGGACAAGCUUAUCCUCCAUAUGUGGAUCACCAUGCAGGAGCUGAGACCUUUAAACCGCACCAAAAUCUCUUAUCACCACCUCUGAAUGACAGCACUAUUAUUCAUUCAGGUGCCGAAUCGAGAGUGAGCAGCUCGAAUGCUUCUUCAUUCACCGUUUUUAUCAAUGAUAUUCCAAUCGAUGUUCCAAUGGGUCCUAUCAACAACAAUACAAACUCUUUCAUUGGAGAACUGCCUUCCUCUCUGCUGCCUUGUUCUGCCUCAUUUCCAAUGCAGUACUUGGGUUAUCAGCAGACUGAGGGAAUUAAUACUGCGCAAUACCUCAACAUGGAAGUAGCACAAAUGUGGAAUGAAGGUACAUCAUGUACUGGCAAUAUUCAUGGAAUGUCCAAUAUACCUCAGAAUCAACAGACCUAUUCUUCAUUUCUACACAAUGAAGGACAAGCUUAUCCUCCAUAUGUGGAUCACCAUGCAGGAGCUGAGACCUUUAAACCGCACCAAAAUCUCUUAUCACCACCUCUGAACGACAGCACUAUUAUUCAUUCAGGUGCCGAAUCGAGAGUGAGCAGCUCGAAUGCUUCUUCAUUCACCGUUUUUAUCAAUGAUAUUCCAAUCGAUGUUCCAAUGGGUCCUAUCAAUGUGAAGGCCCUCUUCGGUCCAAAUGCUGUUCUGUUUCAUUACUACGGCCAACCAGUAAUAAUGGAUGAACAGGGAUUCACUUUGCAAGCCCUGCAACAAGGAGCUAUGUAUUACUUGAUGCAAAUAUGAAUUGGUCGAUCGGCUCCCUAGAAUAGUGUUCUCUUGUCUAUGGCAGACAUAUAUUAUUCCAGUUAUAUAUACAGUGCUUAGAAAGUUUAUCAUGGUCAACUUAGUAUUAUGGUGAUUAUAUAGCGCAUUAGAGCCUUAUUAUCAGUCUUUUAAUAGACAAUGGC